AUGGGUGGGAUAUUGAAGCAGCCAGGCGCGUUUGCAAUCACGCCGCACAAAGUAUCACUCUGCAUACUUCUUAAGAUCUACGCUCCGCCGGCUCAGAUAUCGGUCCCCUUCCCUUUCUCUUCCGUUGCACAGCACAAUCGCCUUGGCUUGUUCUUCUCACCGCUGUCUCGCAUAAAUGCACUGGUGCAUGCAACUUGCUUUGCUGAUGCAUCAAGCUCAUCAGAUGCAGCAUUAGCAUAUGUAAAGCUCAUUCAACAUUUAGCAGUAUUUAAAGGAUACAAAGAGGCCUUUUUUGCCCUUAAAAUAGCAGAAGAGAAGUUUCUAUCUGUCUCAAAAUCGCAAAUCUUACUGCUAAAGUUGCAGCUGCUUCAUGAGCAUGCUUUACAUCGUGGACAAUUAAAGCUAGCCCAGAAACUGUGUGAUGAACUCGGUGUUUUGGCAUCAAGAGUAACUGGUGUAGAUAUGGAACUAAAGACAGAAGCAAGCCUUCGCCAUGCUCGUACAUUGCUUGCUGCAAAUCAAUUCCGAGAGGCAGCUGCUGUGGCACACUCCCUCUUCUGUAUGUGCUACAAAUACAAUCUUCAAGUUGAGAAUGCUUCGGUUCUUCUUUUACUUGCUGAGAUUCACAAGAAAUCAGGCAAUGCCCAUCUUGGUCUUCCAUAUGCUUUAGCAAGCCUCUCAUUUUGCCUCUCAUUUAACUUGGACCUUCUAAAAGCUUCAGCUACACUUACUCUAGCUGAGUUGUGGCUCUCUCUUGGAUCAAGCCAUGCAACAAGGGCUCUAAACCUUAUCCAUGGAGUUUUCCCAAUGAUUCUUGGUCAUGGUGGUUUGGAACUCCGCUCACGUGCCUAUAUUGUUGAAGCAAAAUGCUAUCUGUGUGAUUCAAACUUCAAUGUCUUUGAAAAUUAUGAGAUCGUGGUAGAUUCAUUGAGUCAAGCAUCUGAAGAACUCCAACUUUUGGAGUUUCAUGAACUGGCAUCUGAAGCUUUCUAUCUGAUGGCCAUGGUAUAUGACAAACUAGGGCAAUUAGAAGAAAGGGAAGAAGCCGCAGCUUCAUUUCAGAAACAUAUUUUGGCUCUCCGCAAUCCUCAAGAUGAGGAUGAUCCUCUUGUUAGUGUAUUUUGAUUGUUUGUUAUACCCAAUUUUAUCUACAUAAGCUUAUUAAAUUAAAUUUAUGUACAAUAGUGACCCCUGAUCUUCUGUAGUUAUCAUUCAAUAGUUGUUUAUAGCUGUAGUCAUCAAGAUGUACAGUGGCAUAAACCUUGGAGAUACUUUGUUCUCUCUUCCCUUUAUAGAGGACAACCGUUCAUGUAAUGGACACACUAAUGACAAUUAAAUUAUUUUUCAUUUUAAAAGAUUA